AUGGCAGCCCCGGCCGCCGCCUCGCCCGCGCCCCGCCCCGCCCCGCGUCACGUCGGUCGUGGCAAGCCUGGCUUCGCGGCGGCACUGGCGGCUGCAGGGGCGACGGCGGCGACCGAGCUUGGCGAGAGCGGAGGCUGCGGCUGCGACCUCGCCGCGGCCAUCUUGACAACCAACGGACGCCGCGUCCUUCGCGACGGAAUCCAGGGGGCGGGCCUCCGCCCCGGAAGCCAAUGGAAGGACGUGGCGGCGGGGCUGGCGCCAGGGCAGCCAAUGGAAGGGUGUGAAGGCGGGGCUGUCGCUCGGGCAGCCAAUGGGAGGCGCCGGCGCCGGCGCGGAGCUGCUCCGCGCGCCCGGGGUCCCGGGAGGUUUGCGGGGCUCCAGCGCCGGGCCCGGCUCUGCCUUCCCGGCAGCCCGGCACGGAAAGGCGGUGAGCGCGCCCCGGGCCCGCAUCCCCGGCCCGCACCCCGGGCCCCGCACCCCGGCCCGCGCGCGCCCGCGGGUUUGGACGCAGGCCCGGCCUGCCGCGAGCCGUCUCCCGUGGCGGUCCUCGGGUGUCGUAUUCUCACUUCCCUGAACCGGCAGCUCUUUUUUGCCGCGUGGAAAAGCACAAUAACUCCAUCUCAGGCUUUAUUCUGGUGGUUGAAUGUAUGUUUUAUUUGUGGAGAAGCCAUCCAAAGGCUCUGUGCUCAUUAUCCUGUGAGUUCUCCAGUAAUUAAUAUUGUAGAAGAUGUGCCUAAUGCAAAAGAUGAAAGUCAGAGUCAUGACAUGGUUUGUAAGGAAGACUGUGACAAAUCCUGUGAGAUUAAAGCUAAAACUGCAAGAGAAGAAAAACAUUUCAUUUGUAGGAAUCUACAAAAUUCUAUUGUUUGCUACAAACGAAGUACCAAGAAACUCCUGAGGGAUACAAUGGAGAAGCAACAAGCCUCUUUGGAUUCCUUAUCCAAUCAGGUAAUGUGUGACAUGGAUUUCAGAGGAUGUGGAUGGACUGUGAUACAGAAGAGGAUUGAUGGGAGAAUUGACUUCCAAAGAUUAUGGAGUGAUUACCUGGAUGGAUUUGGAGAACUUUUAGGAGAAUUUUGGCUAGGACUAAAAAAGAUAUUUUAUAUAGUAAAUCAGAAAAAUAUCAGUUUUGUGUUGUAUGUGACUUUGGAAUCUGAAGAUGACACCUUUGCUUAUGCAUUCUAUGAUAAUUUUUGGUUAGAAGAUGAGACAAGAUUUUUAAAAAUGCACCUAGGAAGGUAUUCAGGAAAUGCUGCUCUCUCUGAUGUGCAUGCCCUGCAGAAGCUGAUCAGCGACUCUCGGCCCCAUGCCACGUGUCACCGCCUGGCCGUGGAGAAUGGCAUCGUGUUUGUCACAUGGCGUUGCACCUCAGAUGUUCACAACAAGGGUUGUCACCCCGCGUGCCUGCUCGGUCAGUCUGUGAAGUGCUGCUGGCGUCUUCAUACCAGCACUGGCUGGUGGUUCAGCCGCUGGGGCAGUGCAAGCCUCAGUGGCGUCCCUCCCUCCCCUGGGAACGCCCCCUGGGCUGGAAUCCAGCGGACCACGCGGACCAGAGCCGUCUCCACGAACAUCCGAAGGACUCACAGUCCUGAUUUUAAGUAG